ACGGCGAUGAUCUUGGUCUCGCGCUCAUCCGCACCCGGCACCUACCACCUCUACUCUUCCUUCCGCCGCCUCGGCCUCACCGCCACGCACGAGACAACAUGAGCGACGACGACAGCGACGGCUACGAGGUCGAGGACCCUGGGCUCGCGCCCGACGACCCCAUGCGUGCCUUCCUGCCCACCUCGUUCGGCAAGAAGUCCAAGAAGGCCAACAUCGCCGCCCAGAUCGAUCGGAGCCGUCGUCCAACUGGCAAUGCACCAGGCCACGCUGUCGAUGCCAGCCGCAGUCCCAAGGCCAAAUCCAAGUCUGGCUCCGACUCCGACUCGGACUCGGACGACUCGGACGAUUCUGAUGACGAAGAUGAGUUCCCAACCUCGCACGAGAUGGUUGUCAAGACCCACGACCGAGCUGUCACGUCCGUUUCGCUCGACCCAGCCGGUGGGCGAAUGGUGUCAGGGUCGAUAGACUGCACCGUCAAGCUGCACGACUUCUCUUCAAUGACGCCGACAACAAUUCGUGCCUUCCGCUCCGUCGAUCCAUACGAAAAGAAAGCAUCCGCUGCUGGUGCCGACGCUCAUCCCAUCAACCAUGUCGAGUUCAGUCCUUCGGGGAAUGUCAUCCUCUGCGUCGCUGCACACCCCCAGGCCAAGAUCCUCAGUCGCGAUGGCGACGUCAUCGCCGAUUUUGUCAAGGGAGACAUGUACCUCCGCGACAUGCACAAUACCAAAGGUCACAUAUCAGAGAUCACCACGGGCACGUGGCAUCCGACGGAACGGAACCUCUGCGUCACGGCUGGGACGGACAGCACCCUACGGAUAUGGGACAUCAACAACAAGCGCAGCCAGAAGGAGGUCAUCGUGUUCAAAUCAAAAGCAGCGGGUGCCGCUGGGCGGACGCGCAUGACCGCCGUCGCCUGGGGAUCGCCAAUGCAGGGCGGCAACAAUGUGCUUGUCUCUGCGGCAUACGAUGGUACACUGGUGAUGUGGAGUGGCAACGGGCCAUUCUCUAGGCCGGCUGCCGAGAUUCGUGACGCGCACAAACCCAACACUUGGACAGGCGGCAUCGAUAUCAGCUCCGAUGGUCGGAUGGUCAUCACAAGGGGUGGCGAUGAUCUCAUCAAGUUGUGGGAUACACGCAAGUUCCGGGAACCACUAGUCACCGUUGAGCACCUCUCGACCUCUAACCAGUACAACAUGACCAACAUUAGGUAUUCGCCAAACUCUACGAGCAUCAUCACCGGCUCGGUGACGGGUCACCUACACAUCCUAAACCCUGGCAAUCUCCAGCCUGAGUUUGUCACCCCCAUCACGCCAGGAUCACCAUUGAUCACGGUAGAUUGGCACCCGAAAAUAAACCAGAUCAUCACAGGAUCUGCUAACGGCGAGAGCCGAGUCUUGUACAAUCCCACCAUGUCAACACGAGGAGCUGUGGACGUCAUGUCGCGCGCACCCAAAAAGCGGCAUAUUGACGACAACCCAGAAUUCACGACGGAUCAAUCUCUUGGGCUUUCGGGAGAGUCCAUCAUCACACCCGGCGCCAUGGGCGGUUCCCGAAAAGCUGGCGUGACAGGGACGGGCAGAUCCAAAGAUCCUCGGAGACCUCAAGUGCAGUUGCAGACUCCGUUCAUGCGCAGCCAACCUGAUGAGAAACACAUCAGCGAAAACAUUCCACUAAGCAAGAUGCUACACGAGGACCCGCGGGAGGCGCUGUUGAAAUAUGCAGAAGUUGCCAAAAAGGAUCCGAUGUUCACAAAUGCAUGGAAGGAUACCCAGCCAGUCACGCAGUAUGCGGAUGCCAGCGAUGGGGAGGACGACGGGCCCGAUAAGAAGCGAGUCAAGCGAUGAACUCGAGUCAGCCAGCCUCGGCUCAUCUUGCUGAAAUCGAGUUCCGGGGAUCUCGGAAAAUUGAACACACCUGCAGCCAGCGAUAGUUGUCGUGCGGAGUGCGGCAUCUUGAGAGAACAGACACGCCGUCAACUGCGUGGCUGCAUGCCGCUGGUACGACGUGGCGUUCCAUAAUCUUUGAUCACAAAAGAGUGGGCAAACACAGUUAAUACAGACGA